AUGGCGCGCAUUUUGAUUUGCCUUGUGGCCUUGGCCGCGCUGGCCCUGGCCCUGGCUCUGGCUGACCCCGCCACCCAAGCCAAGGCCACCCAAGCCAAGGCCACCCAAGCCAAGGCCACGCCCGCACCGGCCACGACCACGCCCGCACCGGCCACGACCACGCCCGCACCGGCCACGACCACGUCCGCACCGGCCACCGCUGGUGCCACGGGUCGCCGCGUUACCCCAAAGAAGAUCCUGAUGCAGGGCCUGCCUUUUGCCACCUCCCACCACAUGGUCCUUGCCAAGAUCGGGCGCGAGCUGGUUGCCCGAGGUCACGAGGUUCACUUUGUGCGUUCCAGCGUCGACAGCGAUCGAGUCGACACGACGGGCCUCAACGUUCACACGCUGCAGCUCAACUCCACCAAGGAGCACUACGCCGCCCAUGUCCUUGAGAUCGCUGAUGACGAGCCCCUCGAAGGCGCUCUCAAGAUCCUGCGCGAAAAGGCCGCCAUUUGCGAGCGCAUUGCUGAAGAACCCAAACUCCUCGAGCUCAUGAAGACAAUGGAUGUGGCUCUGGUCGAUCCAGCCUAUCUGUGCUCUGUCAUCUACUCUUACGCUAUGAACAUCCCCAUCCGCGUGGACAUCUCACCCGUCAACUUUUAUGGUACGAGCAGCUGGGUGGGGGUUUUUUGCUCUUGCGCCCUCCUCCUUCUGGAUGACACCGGCUUGAUACGCCCCGUCCCAUACUCCAUCCUUACCACGCACAUGAUCACACACACCUCCCCAACCAUGUUAGAUCCCUUCAUGUCCGCGCCUUAUGAAAUCCCGCAGCCCUGGGCCACCGUGCCGCAAAUGGGCACCAAGUUCACCCCAGACAUGACUUUUGGUCAGCGCCUCUUCAACAGCAUCAGCUGGGCAGUGCAAUAUUGGGCUCGCCACGGCUUCUUGGAGGACCUGAUCCAUGAUCUCAACGAGCGCUUCCGACCUGGCGUCAAGCUCUACGAUAGCUUCCAAAACGCCUCUUUUGUCCUCUUCCCCACUUCCCCGGCUUUUGAUUUCCCCCGCCAGUUGCCGCCCAACUGCAAGAUGAUUGGUCCCAUCCUGCCCGAACCCGCAGCGUUCCCCUUUGCGCAAGAUCCCAAACUCUCAGACAUUGUUGCAAAUGCCAAGAAUGGCAUCGUGCUUGUCUCCUUUGGUACGCUCGCACGUCUCAAACCUGAACAAGCCCAAGCGCUUGCCGAUGCCGUGGCCACUCUCAAGCAAACGGUCAUUUGGAAGUACAACGGCGAAGCUCCGCGUGUCGGCAAGAACACCAUUUUGAGCAAGUGGAUUCCGCAGAAUGACCUGCUUGGCCACCCCAACACCAAGCUUUUCAUCGCUCACGGUGGUGCCAAUGGCAUUCUGGAGGCUGCCUACCAUGGCGUCCCCAUCCUCGGCUACCCCUUGUUCGGCGAUCAGUGGGAUAACGUUGCACGCGCAGUGUGGCGCGGCAUGGCCAUCUCGGUGGACAAGGACACAGCCACGACCGAGUCCCUCGUGGCCGACCUUGACCUGCUGCUCAACAACCCGACAUACCAAUACAACGCCAAGUUGGUGUCUUCAGUGAUUCGCGACACCCCGCGCACUCCUGUUGAGCAGGCGGCUGACUGGAUUGAGUACGCGAUCAAGUAUGAGGGAGCACACUUCCUGAAGAUGCCCUCCUACAGCCACCCGUGGUACAUCAACCAGGGUUGGGAUGUCGGUUGCUUCUGGCUGGCCUUGGCCGCAACCCUGGUCGGUGGUCUGCUGUGGACGUUGCGCGCCCUCUUCCGAUGCGUUGUAGGCUUAGUCAGCGGUGACAAGCGCAAGCGCGAUUAAUUUGAUCCUGUUUGCGCCGAGCCCCCUCUGUGUCUUGAUUAUCCCGUGUACAUGUAUAUUUUUUUGAAAUGGAUUAACAUGACAUU